AUGGCCACGGUCCCCAGCCCCGUGACCACCCAGUGGACCUUCGUCCUGGCCCUGACCGCUCUUUUCCUCAGCGCCGUCGUUGUCUUGCAGAUCUUCUCGCAGUACGCCAAGGCCUAUGUCGUCGCCCCCGCAGAGGUCAUCAAUUUUGUCGACGCCGCCGACUCCUCCGUCCAGGAGAACGAGAGCUACGACCGAGAUGUCUCCCGCGUCCAGCGCCUGGACGACAAGCUCAGGCUGGGCCGCCUGCUCCGCGAGAUCCAGCGAGGCGGCGAUGACCUGCGCGAGGAGCUCAACUCGUUGCUCCUGGCCGAGUGCAGGGGUGUCGGUGCCGGCGCCGACGGCAUGAGCGACCUGGGUGACCUGAGGCUGAAGGCAACCGCCAGGCUCCUGUGGGCAUCCAAGCGGAAGGGGCUGGAGGACAAGGUCCGGCGACUAGACAUGUUGCGCAUGCGGUUCCUUGUCGUCUACAUGGGCAUCGUCGCCAACUCGGGCCCGCAGAGCAAGCCGCCCGAGAAGAAGAGGCCCGUCAGCAGCUCCGAGAAGGUCGGCAGCCGGCUGUUCGAGGACGAGUUCGCAGCACGGCCACAGCUACCCCGCGCCGUCACCGAGGGCAUCAAGAAGAAACCCCUCCUCCGCCGGCUCAGUCAACAGACAAUGGGCCACAGCGAAAAUGUCAACCCGGGCCCUAAGGUGGGCUGGGGCAACGUCAUGAGGGAGCUGCAGCUGUCACCGCUGCUGCACAAGCGUCACGCCAGCGUCGAGAAGGCCAUGUCCUCACCGGGCUCGCCGGGCUCUCCGCGCUCUCCAUGA